GUGUUGUGAUAAGACAGGUGUCCAAUUAGAAAGAAACUUGUCCCAUACGUGACACAGUGGGAGUUGCUAGGCAGCCAGAAGGUCGGUGAUUGUUUUCAGCCUUCAAGCCAGGGUCAGAGAAGCCGAAGUAAGCGAAAUUAGCGAUUCCGAACAAAAGUGCUUCCGCAACGGAUCGACGCUUGCUGGUUGACAAGUGUUUGUUUACGUUCGGGGAAGGUGUGUUUGUUGUUGAGAGCGGACAGCUUCCAAGCUGGACAGGGAUUGUGCGAUAUCUGGAACUGAAGCCCAGAAAACAGGAGGCCUUGGGAAGAAUGAAACAGUAACAGCAGCAGCCAGCUUCAGUACUGACAUUUGGCUACUUGCUGCAGAUAUCGUGUUUUGUUUUUAGUUUGCAUACCGAUUUCGUGUGCCUAUUCGCUGGGUUGUGCGUGUGUGUGAGAGUGGUCGCAGCAGCCUACUUCUUGAGAGCGAAUCGCCCCGUGCUGAAAAUUCUAGCGAAAAUCUUCCGCAUCAAAACAUUUAGCCCACAAGUUGAAACACAGCAACCUUGCAACAGAGAGAAUAAAACAAGCAAAUUUCCAAUAAGAAAAUCGCCCUGCUGAUGGGCCCACGGAAAAGUGUGUUAGUGUUACAGUUGCACAUUCUGCUGGCAAGAUUUGGGAAAAAUCUCGGUGUGUUCGCUGGUGGAGAUGAGUGGUGAAGCUGCGAGAAAGAAAAGUGUUUCCAGUGCAAAAACGUGUUGGUGGUGGUCUGUGUUGGUGAAUUUUUACGUAUAGAACAACAACGGGCGAGGAAGUCGACGGCAUUCGCAGUUCGAAGGGUCGGUCGUUCGGUCGGAUGAAAAGUGCGGCAUAUUUUCCGAUGUCAAAUUAUGAGCUAAAUUCAAUUUUCCGGUCCCUACGACAGAAGGUCUCUCUCUAUCGUUUCUUGGCUCUAUCGCGUUGAAGAAGUCGAUGUCGUCGGGCGAUAGGAAAAUUUCUUUGUUGGUUGUUUCGUAGUUUGAUCAACGUGAAAUAGGAGAAAUAAGUUUAUGUUAGGCUAAAUUUAGUGUACCGAUGUUGUUAGCGCCUUCUGUGCGGGUGUGGUAGAAUAAGAAAAUUUUCUUGUGUUAGUUGAACAGAAGUAGUGGCAGAAUAAGUCAUCAAAAUGUCGUCGCAUCAUCUGUACGGGGCAUUGAUUGUCCUGACCUGUGUUCUGUGCUACCACAACAGUUUGAAUUGUGGAUUCGUGUUCGACGACAUCAGCGCAAUCAAGGAAAACCGGGACCUGAGGCCACACUCGUCGAUCAAGAAUGUGUUCCUGAACGAUUUCUGGGGAACGCCAAUGCACAAGGAACAAAGCCAUAAAUCAUACCGGCCGUUGUGUGUGCUGACGUUCCGGUGGAACUAUUUGCUGCAUGGGCUGGAACCGGCCGGAUACCAUCUGGUGAACGUGGUCCUCCAUACGAUCGUUUCGCUCAUGUACUUCCGAAUGUGUGCCAUGCUUCUGUCGGAAGUGUCCAGCUUUGCAGCGGCAAUGCUGUUUGCCGUGCAUCCAAUCCACACCGAGGCGGUGACCGGUGUGGUUGGUCGAGCCGAAACGCUGUCGUCGGUCUUUUUCCUGGCGGCGUUCAUCUUCUACACCAAGGCGACACGGCGGAAAAAAGCCACAGGUUGGCGCUACUUGACGCUGGCUAUGAUCUUCGUAGCCACGGCGAUGCUUUGCAAGGAGCAGGGCAUCACCAUCACCGGCAUCUGCGCCAUCUACGAGAUCUUCGUCGCCCAGAAGAUCCGCCUGAGCGACAUCUACCACCUGGCCCGGUCGGUGUUGAGUGGGAAAUCGCUGGCCCUGCCCAGCGGAUGGUGGCCACAUGAGGCGACCCGACGGUUGGCCGUCCUGUGCGUGGCCACCGUGGCGCUCCUGUUCGCUCGGCUGCAAAUUAUGGGCUCGCAGCUGCCAGUCUUUACGAGGUUCGACAAUCCGGCCUCGGUUUCGGUGACCCCGACCCGGCAGCUGUCCUACAACUAUCUGGCAUCGGUCAACCUGUGGCUGCUGCUGUUUCCUUGCGAUCUGUGCUGCGACUGGACCAUGGGAACCGUUCCGCUUGUGGAGAGUUUCACCGAUCCUCGGAAUAUGGCCACCUUGGGAGCGUACAGCCUGAUCGGAGUGCUGGUUUGGGUUGCGUUUCUCCAGGGCGAUCGACAUCGGUCUGGUGUGAUAGUGAUGGGCCUUGCCUUCAUGAUCCUACCGUUCCUGCCAGCGUCAAAUCUGUUCUUUCCGGUGGGGUUCGUCAUAGCCGAACGAGUUCUCUACAUGCCUUCGAUGGGAUUCUGCAUUCUGGUAGCCUACGGAUUUCAACUUCUCUCAGAACGAUGGAACCGCAAAAUGACCUGGUGCUGUUUGGGCUUCCUUCUGCUGAGCCAUUCCGUCAAAACCUACAAUCGGAACGCGGACUGGGAGUCAGAGUACACGAUCUUUAUGUCCGGUCUAAAAGUGAAUCAGCGAAACGCGAAGCUGUUCAACAACGUUGGACACGCCCUCGAAAGCGAAGGCAAAUUCGAAGAAGCGCUCCAAUUCUUCCACAAAGCAGUGAGCGUUCAGCAGGAUGACGUUGGAGCCCACAUAAACGUGGGUCGAACGUACAACCACCUCAAAAUGUUCAAAGAAGCUGAACAGGCCUAUCUGAAGGCGAAAUCUCUCCUACCGAAAGCCAAACCCGGGGAAUCCUACCAGGCCCGGAUAGCGCCCAAUCAUCUGAAUGUGUUCCUGAACCUGGCGAAUCUGAUCUCGAAGAAUGCCACACGGUUGGAGGAGGCCGAUUUGCUGUACCGGCAGGCGAUCAGUAUGCGAUCGGAUUACACCCAGGCCUACAUCAACCGGGGUGAUAUUCUAAUCAAGCUGAAUCGCACCAAGGAGGCGCAGGAGGUGUACGAGCGGGCACUGCUGUACGAUAGCACCAAUCCGGAUAUUUACUACAAUCUCGGGGUUGUCUUCCUGGAACAAGGAAAAGCCUCCCAAGCGCUGGCCUACCUCGACAAAGCUCUGGAGUUCGAUCCGGAGCACGAGCAAGCGCUGCUAAACUCGGCCAUUCUGCUGCAGGAGCUUGGUCGACCCGAACUGAGGAAAAUUGCCCGCGAGCGGUUGCUGAAACUGUUGGCUAAAGAUGAAUCUAAUGAACGGGUGCACUUCAACCUGGGCAUGCUGGCGAUGGAUGAUCGCAACACGGAUGAGGCGGAAAACUGGUUCCGAAGGGCGGUGCAUCUUAAGCAGGAUUUCAGGAGUGCGCUGUUCAACCUGGCGUUGCUGCUGGCCGAUGACCACCGACCACUCGAGGCGGCACCGUUCCUCAAUCAGUUGGUCAAGUAUCACCCGGAUCACAUUAAGGGACUGAUUCUGCUCGGUGAUAUCUACAUCAACAACAUCAAGGACCUGGAUGCGGCGGAGAAUUGCUACAAGCGCAUCCUCCAGCUGGACCCCGUCAACAUCCAAGGUCUGCACAACCUCUGCGUGGUGUACGUCGAACGGGGCAAACUGGCCCAAGCUCAGGCCUGCCUAUCGCACGCCCACCAAUUGGCACCGGGUGAAGAUUACAUCCUGCGUCAUCUGCAGAUUGUCCAAACCCGCAUCCAGCGACUCCGGGGGACACCGGAUCCGAGCCGGGAGAAGGACAUCGCCUUUGCCGAGUACGACCCCCGGGAGUUCGGUGGCAGCCCGUUGACCGACGUCGACUUGCAACAGCUAAUCAAUAGCAAGAGUGUAAAUAGUAACGAUAAUAAUGAGGAGGAUGUUCAACAGGGAGAAGAGAGCAGUAGUAGUAGCAGUAGCAGUAGUGGGGAAGCUAGCAGUAAUAAUGAUAACCUUAAUAAUCUGAAAACAUCAUUACCUCAUGCGGAUGGUGCAGAUGGCGCCACCAAAGUCAGUGACGGCAGCAGCCCAGACAGCAGUGAUCCUAUUUUUAUCGAUUCAGAAGACCCAAUCUCGGCGACGGCAUCGGCUGGGGAUCCUCUAGUGGCCAACGAAAGCCACCAACAGCAGGAGCAUAGGCAGCCUAGGAUAAGCGAAACUAGCAGUAGUAGUGGUAGUGGUAGCAGCAGUAGCAGUAGCAGUCCCCAAACCCAUCAAAAUCACCACCAACAACACCAACAUCAGCAUCAGCGUCGAAGGAGAAGUAAUUCCCACCAGCGGCACCACCAUCACCAGCAUCGAGAGCAUGCCGAUGGGGCCAGCGACCGGUUAGGAGGGAAGGACUUGGAUGAUCCAUCGUCCGGGAUGUCAUAGCACCAGAUUCUUAAUUACAAGUUAGACUGUUUCAAAAUUAAUUAGGAACUGAAAACUGUGGACUGACAAAAAAUAACAUCAACGCCAGCGCGGUGACGACGAUGGUGUGUGGUGGUGUUGCUGCUGGCUGCUGAUAAA